AUGUUGAAAUCAAUAAUUUUUAUACAAAAGCAAUAACUAUUUGAUAAAGAAUAGAUGCAAAGUGCGCAAUCAAAAAGGAUUCUACCCAAAUAGAGUCCAUAACCAAUUAAGUCCAAUAAACUUAAUGUAUUAUUUCAUCAAAAGAAUGUCAAACUCAUAAACAUUAAUGUCAAAACCAAACUACGCUCUCGUUCUUUUCCAAACUCACUUAACCCCUUUAAAUACAUAGAAGCCAAAGCAAUCACUAAGAAAUAGUCCUUUCUCAUAACUCAACCCUCCAUUAGUUCACAAAAAUACCUUCGCAAAACUAGACCAUUGAUAAAGAGUGAAAGAGAUCUUGAAAAACAGUACUAACACUAAACCAAGGAGUAGUUUAGACAGAGAAGGAGAAGUUGUGAAUGUGAAUUUUGUGGAAUUUUAAGCAGUUUCCAGAAACAAUGCAUGAAUCACGAAUUCAAAGUGUAGCAAAUUGAAAAAGAACGAGAAUCACCCAUGCAUAAAUUCCAAAGAUCCAUUAGGAAACAUUAAAUUUAUGUUAUGGCACCGUAUCUUUUUGCUGUAGAAACACCUACUGAAUCAUUUGAAUAAUCCAUUAUCAGAUAAAAUACUCUCAAAAUUGAAAAAAAAAAAACUCAAUUGCUUGAUGUGAUUAAACAAGAAGAUGCUCUCCACAUUAAUUCUUCAAAAAUCCUUGAUCGAACUCCAACCAAAAAACCUAGCUUUUUUGAAUCCUUCCUAGUCAAAUAAAAAGAAAUCAUCAACACUGAAAAAAGCAAACUAGUCAAUAAAUAAUUUUCUUCAUUAUCUUACCAUCUUUUAUCUAGAAACACUUAUUAAUCUAUUAAACCAUUCAAAUCCUAACUUCCUUAAAUUCAAACCAAUUUAAAUAAACAAGAGCCUCUCCUUUCUACUGAGAGAAACACUUAAAAGAAAUCUGAAAAUACCAUUAAGGAACUUUACAUCAAACCAUUCAUCCAUAAAUAUUCAAGACUCAGAUUGGUCACACUUCCAGACUUAAUUCCAAAUCAUAUUUAAUGA